AUGCCUUUGCGCGGAAUCAGAACUUCAACGGCAGCCAGGAACGGCGCCGGAGCCUUCAUCCUACAAUGCAAACGCCUCGACUUCCAUUACUGCAAUUGGGCAGGUAGCUCUAAGGGCAUGGUCACUUUCCUGGAGACCCUCCUCCCCGCCUUCGCUCGUGAAAACCCUCAGAUUGAGAUUCGUGUGUCUCCCCGGCCUCAAAAACACCCUCUCAUCAAGGGUCUUUACAUCAAUGGCCGUGAAAAGCCUGUGUGUGUACGAAACCUAGAGCCCAGUGAAAUCCUAAAGAAGGCAACUCUUCUCAAGGAAGCCAGCGGAGAGAAGCUGAAGCGCACCAAGAAGCCCGUGACAAGUUUGAACGAGAGUGUGCGUGGUAUCUGGUCUCCAUACCACGGCGAUCUGCGUGGUGUAUAG